AUGGUGUUACAAGAAUAUGAUAGUGAUGACUACUUGAGCGAUGAGGAGGAUAUUUGUCCACUUUGUGCUGAAGAAAUGGAUAGCUCAGAUAAGCGAUUCAAGCCAUGUCCAUGCGGAUAUCAAAUAUGUCAAUUUUGUUACAAUAAUAUUAGAGAGAACCCGGAAUUGAAUGGAAGAUGUCCGGCUUGUCGAAGAAAAUACCGAGAUGAAGAUGUGGAAUACAUUGAACUCACUGAAGCGGAAAUUAAGGCUGAGAGCUCACGGAAGGCAAAUCGAGACAAGGAAAAGAAACAAAAAGAAAAAGAGAGGAGAGAACAUGAAAAUGCUUCCAGAAAACAUUUGGCAGAUAUGAGGGUGAUCCAGAAAAAUUUGGUGUAUGUUGUUGGAUUGAACCCUCCAGUAACGCCAGAAGAACUACAACCGACUUUGAGAUCAGAAAGAUAUUUUGGUCAAUAUGGGAAGAUCCUAAAGCUCGUUAUCAACAAAAGAAAUCAAAAUGCCAAUUCUGUUGGAAACACGGGAUACGGCAUUUACGUGACUUACUCGAAAACGGAGGAUGCCGAUAGAUGUAUUCGAGCAAUUGAUGGAUCAAUAAUGGAUGGAAGAGUUAUUAGAGCGGCUUAUGGCACCACAAAAUAUUGUUCUUCUUAUCUUAGGGGGCUUCCGUGUCCAAAUCCAAACUGUAUGUUCUUACAUGAACCUGGUGAGGAGGCUGAUUCAUUUAAUCGCCAGGAUAUGUCGACUCAUCAAGGAAAUGAAUUAGGUAGACAUCGUGAGGGAGGAAUAAUUAGAUAUGGAGCUCAUGGCGGUAAAGAUGGCAAUGUACAUGAUUCUCUUCACGAAAAUGAUCAUGAACAUAAUCGUGUAGGAUUGCCACCGACGGCAUCUUGGGCAAAAAAUAUUGGAACAGGAAAUUCACAAAAUAACUCACCAAAACCCAAGAACGCAACUUUGGCAAAUGUUUCAGCUUUCCCUACUUUAGCUGAAACUGCUUUACAAGGAAGUAAUAAUUCCGGAACUAAUCUCCAUACCAUAACCCACAAGGAGAAAAGGAGAGACAAAAGUUCUAAUGCUAACAAAGACAAGCUCAGGGAUAACAUUGAUGAUUUAGUUCUUAACGAGGCCUCAUCAACUAAAUUCAUGUCCCAAACUUUACAAAUGUUACAAACAGGUUUCGAAAAUAUUGAUUAUGAAUUUAAAACAGAUAGUUUCAAGGAAAGGUUCCACGAUGAUCCAGAUUCUUUCGAGCAGUUAUUUGUUUUUCUACCUCAAGAAAAUUUACAGGAGCCUGCAAAAGAUGAGGAGAUCGAUUAUUUAAUAGUUGGAACCAAAUUGGUUGAUUCAAUCAUUUUGAAUACCAGAGCAGAAGACUAUUUUAUGACUAACGGAACAAGUAAAAUAAAUGCUACUGAUGCUAACGAAGCGAUAAAUAUUACUUCAGGAACAAUUGUGUCCAAUGCCAUUCCACCACCAGGGUUGGUUGGAAGCAAGCCAUUUCUUGAAGGCCACCAUCAGAAUAGCCACUCAUCGGAGAUUUUGAAUCAUCUUUUGAAUGGUAAGAAGAAUUGA